AUGUCACUUAUAUUCAGACGUCUUAAAUCUACUACAAAGAAGAGCAAUAUCUCAUUCAAUAUGGGUCUCUUUGGCGAUUCGGGAGAUUCAUCGUCUUCUUCUUCUUCUUCGUCUUCUGCAUCGUCGCUCACUUCUCCCGAUGGAGAACCAGUCAUGACAAUCGAGGAUCUUGAAACGCACCAACAGUUUGGAACUUUGGAUCUAAUAAAACAAGCCCAGAUUGUUUCACAGCUCGAAACAAAAUUUCAAAAGUCAUGGCACAAAUUAACCUUGAAUGAGAAACAAUUAGCGUACUAUAUUGGAUACGGAAACUGGGGUGUGCGUGAAAAAUUCAGCAAUUGGAAUCAAUCAUCAGCACCGUUGGAUUUACCAUUUAUACCAAACUCCAAGUUGCAAAACACCACAAAGAAGUUACUCGAGAUUGAGUUGAGCAAAACACCGGUUAGAGAAGAACAAUUUAAAGUCAAGUCACUUGAUGCUGGUACAAAGAUUGUUGUGUUUAUGAUCAUUUUGAUAGUUAUGUUUGCAUUACACAGAGACAAGUAUAUUGGCGAACAAGGCAAACCCGAGGAGAUUGUUAUCUACGACCGAUAUCAAUUAGAGCGUGAGGAACAAGAAAAGAAGCAAAAGGAAGAGGAAAAAGAAAGGGAAAUGGAAAGAAAUAGGUUGGUUGAGGAAAAGAGGGUUGCAGAAGAAAAAGAAAAGAGCAGAAAGAAGUGGUACUAUCUUUACUUAAGGUAG